CACACUUAUGAUUUUACUACUAUAUUGAACUCCCUCCCAUAUCUCUAACGCUAAUCUCUAUCAUUUUUAUUUAUUUGAUUUGGUUAAUCAUUCAUUUAAAUUGGUAAAUAAUGGCCAAAGGCCGGAGAUUAUCCUCGAGCCGAAGCGAUAGGCUACUCGGCACGGGCACUACCUAUAAUUAUUACGACCACGGCCACAACCACGACCAUGAUUACCUCGGAAACGACAAUGUUUCCGAGGUAACGGAGUUUGUCGAGGAGGAUGUUUGGUCGAUGGUGGACGACACCUCGGAAAAUAAUCACCACCAGUACCACCACCACUUUGAUCACAUCCGCGAGUGGGUCCCACGCGCCACCGUGGAGAGUGGGAGAAGGGGGAGGGGCGUGAGUGUCACGUCACGUGAAGAGGAGAGGCACCACCACGUGGGGGGCUUGUCCUUGGCAUUCGAAGAGGACAAAGCGCCGCCAUCAUCUACACGCAGGAUCCUGCACCAGUACGGAGAUGCCACGCGUCGAGGAAGAGGAGGAGGGGGCCCACUACAGGACAGAAACGUGGCCUCGUCAGCUCCAGUAGACGUUCCUGAUUGGAGCAAGAUCCUCCGAGUCAACUCGGUUGAGUCGAGCGUGAACUCGGACGAGGAUUAUGAUCCGGUUGUCGACUCGGCUGUGGAGCCGCCCCAUGAGUACUUGGCCCGGAGCAGGAAGAUGAAUGCGUUCUCGGUUUUCGAAGGCGUGGGCCGGACCCUUAAGGGCCGGGACAUGACCCGCGUUCGCGACGCGAUUUGGAGCCAAACCGGGUUCGAAGGGUAAAUAUCCAAAUAUGCAACCAUAAAAUAAACUGCAUAAAAAUAAAAUUUGGUUGAAAUUGUUUUAGAAAAUAUUUUUUGAACCGGGGAAGGUAAUGAAUGACUCGGGGUUGUGAGUCAGCUCAGUGAGUUAGCGAGUCAAGGCCAAACAUGCCCAGCACCCUCUCUUAUUUCUGUCCAUCUUUGCUAUUUAUCUGGAUUUUGGUGAUUAUCUAGUAAUUAUUUUCAGUAAUAAUAUUUAAUCCUAGUAAUUUUGACAGAAAAAUAAUUUGUAAUAUAAUUUUUAGUAGUAAUAGAAUUUUAGAGGCAAUAAUUGUAGAGUGAUAGUGAAAGUUUUUUUUGGCAUAGCCUUUUUGACUUAUUUUAUGUCUUUUGUGUAAAAAUUUCAUAAGAAUUAUGAGAACCACUAUUUUUAA